AUGCCCGGCGCUCCCGCGUUGGCCUCCCACUGGCAGCGUGCUGUCCCCUUGCUGCCCGCUCCCUUGCCACUUGCCCCCGCACCCCUUGCUCCUGCCGCCCCGCUCCCAGCUGGCGCGCGUCGGCUCCUUUUGAGCAAUGCCCAGAUGAGUGGCCUCACCCUGCCCAACCCUCCCAAGGUUGUGCAGGCAGUCAAGGCAGGUUGGGUGACCCACAUUCCCCUCACCACCUUGAUGAACGCGGCACUCUGCGGGCUCAAGCAGGGGCAGUCCUCUGACCACACGGCCACUAUUGCCAAUUCCGGCGCCCUCACCCUCCUCCCCGCUUCCUGGGACCUCAAUGGUAAGUCGGCCCUCUCCAUUGGCAACUGGAUGCACACCUUCCCGCAUCUGGUCAGCAUCAUCCAGGCCCACUUCCCUGAGCAGGACCCAGGUGACGCAUCCCACUGGGCUGCCAUCUGGUCCGAGCACGGGCACAAGAUCCGCGAACACCCUGAUCUCUACACUGAGGGGUGUUGGCCCGUAUUCCUCCAGUACAAUAUUGAGGUCCGGCACAACUUUGCAUUGGGCUCCGAGGCCUUCAACCCCUCCAUGUGGCAGGAGCGCGUCUGGUCACGCCUCGUCAUGGCCUGGCAGAUGGACCGUGUCAACCUCUUGUUGGCAGUGCCCCAGCUUUGCGCUCCACGACCUAACAUCCCGCCCAUGCCACUGCCUCCCCCAACCAGCGCUGCAUCUUCUGCGGUGCCGUCGGCUGCCGCAACUGCUCCUGCAGUACCGCCUCCACCGCCUUCCUCACCUUCCGCGAUGGCAAGUGGACAACUGCUGCCAACGAGUCAGUUUGCUUUGCCUUCAAUGGUGCCGGGGGGUGCGCCCGCCAACCCUGCAAAUUCCUCCACAAGUGCUCUUGAUGCGGGGCGGCUCACUUGGCUCAAGCCUGCGCUUGAGUCGGGUCUGUUCCACAUCAUAACACCCCUCCUCUGGCAGCAGUGGGCUAUCACCCUGGAUGACGCUGGCGUCCUCCAGGAGUUUGCAGAUGUUCCGUUCAGUCUCCGAGAUGGCUGA